AUGAUGCUUCUCCAUGACUUGUCCCACUACUACAGAGAAAUUGAGGGAACUGAAAUCCUAUCAAGAACCUUUCAGUCCAGUAAGAUACUAACUCCACUUCAAAUUCCUUCUCGUCCAACUUUCUCACAAGACAGAUAUAAAGAGUUCAGGGAAUCCCUUCACUGCUGCAAGCUUCCCUGGGCAGCAGAAAGGGAGCAUGGAGGAAUUGCACUACCUGUACUUCCAGAAGACAACUGGGCAAAGGAUAAGUCUCCAUGUACAUUUGUUAAAGGACAUCAACAUUAUAGUAUAGGUGUAGACCCUUGGCCAAGAGGCCUUCCCACUGAGCAGUACUGUGAUGUCACCCAGCUGAAAAAAGUGAUGCGAAGUACGUCGGAAAUUAACAGGAAAGAGCAGCAAGAAGUUAUCUAUCUAGAAAAGAAGCUGAAGGUCAUGACGCUCCCCACACUGCAUCACUCUCAGGCCAACACCACACCUGAGAGAAGAAACAGCUCUUCAGAGGCUCCUACCAUGUGUCGGAGAACACACAUCUCUAGGUACACAAUGUUUGCAAACUUCAGAUCACCUGAGGAUCAAGACACUGGGAUCGAUGCAAGCAGUCAUCAGUCUUUCCAUCCCAAUAUCCCUACGAAGGCUUUUGAUGUGGUUGUUCUAAGGAAGACCAGACUUAAGACUGCACUCUGUAAUCCAUAUAGGCAUGAAGUUGUCAACUCUGACUCCCAGAAGAAGGCUGUGCACUGGCUGGGACAGCACGCAUACUUCCAACUUCUUAAGUUUGCUGAAGAAAAGGGAAGAGGUCCUAUGAAUCCCCUUAUCGUGGAUAACUAUUACAUGAAAGCAGUUGGCAGAUUAACUGGAGAACUAGGUGAAGACACGGAACUAAAAGAAACAUUUCUGCCUAGUGCCUCACAAACGAGACCUCUUGAAGGGUGCACUGCAUGUUUACUUCAAGGUCAAUGUCCCCAUGAAUCAAUUCUGCAGGAACAGUACUCCUCCAGUGCCCAGGCCACUCUGUCUCAGACAUGCUACCAGAAAGUUCAUUAUCUGGAUACAAGGCUGCCAAUAAACAAACUUCAGAAAAUCACUGACACACUGCAAACAGAAGCAUUGUACAGGGGGCAGCUUUCAGGAAGGCCUGAACUUGAAUCCCUUCCAAAAUCUGCAUGUUCCCUUUCCUAUGAAGACUUCAAGCCCAGACAUUUGGAUCAACACACAAUAUGGGAAAACCCGGUUAGUCUAAGUAAGCCAGGCUUACCACGGGAUGUAAAGAGUAAGGAAAGGAGAAUUUUGUUGCACAAGCUUUGGAAUCAAGAAGCAUGUCAGCCUGCAUGGAGACCAGAGGACAGGCCAAGAGAGACGGCACUGCCUGAAUGGAUCCCUAGCUGUGAGGUUCCUCGGCACCAGACAGCACCUGAACUGCAGCAUUCCUUCUCUAAGGCAGCACCACAAAAACGUUUUCAUGAUUCCGUAAGAGGAAAGACAAAAGACCUCAGAGAUAACAUUAUUGAGAAAAAGAGACAAAAAUUCUAUGGUUUCAAUGCUUUUUAUUUCUUUAACUGA